UGCUGAGGUGCCUCUGCGCACAGCACCUGUAUCCGCGACUCGUUAUCUUAAUCGCUCUGCUUCCGUCGCUCCUUUUCUCGAGGCAGCAGUGCCGUUCCCUCCGCUGAAGACCGCGUUCAUCAAGCAGCAGGCUGCCUUUGCAGCAGGGAUGGGAAUACCUGAGACUUGGGCUGAUGUCUCACAAGGUUAAACGGGCUCUCCCUCCCCUCAUGACUGCAGUGGGACUAAUCACACAGUAAGGAUUACUCAUGGACACACAUGCUGCGAAGGGAUGCACCGACCCGUGUCCCCGCCUGCUCGGUCCAGACCGUGUGACCGCUGACUUUCAGCCCGGCAAGCCUACGUGGCCAGGAGGAGUUAAGUUAAGGCUGAAGAGCAGGCGGAGUGAAACUCCGGGCCGACCUCACUCCUGGCAUUCAACCAAACUUUCGGAGAACCAACCCGAUCCCAGCAUGAUGCAAAUAUCUCAGGGUAUGCUUGGCACCCCUUGGCUUCAGUCCUACCACUCCAGCUCCUCAACCAGCGAUCUCUCUGGCUAUGAGCAUGGCUAUCUGAGGAGAAGCCCUGACCAGUACAGUUCCCAGGGCAGCAUGGAAAGCUUGGACCACUCCUCCCCUGGCUACCAUCCUUGUCACCUGUCCCCAGCCAAAUCCACCAACAGCAUCGACCAGCUCUCCCACCUGCACAGCAAGAGAGAUUCAGCCUACAGCUCCUUCUCCACCAACUCCAGCAUUCCCGAGUACGCCGCUUCGCCUUUCAGCAAGGAGCACUCCUGCUCCACAGACAGCAUGCACUCCCGCAGCAGCCUACCAGAGGGCAUGAAGCAAGCUGACAUCAGGUAUGUCAAGACAGUCUACGAUUCCCAGCGAAGGAUUUCUGAGGAGUACGAGGUGAAGUCCUCUGCUUUGCUUCCAAGCAGUGAGGCCCGGAUCUUGCAGAAUGGCCGCGGCCAUGGCAGGCUCCACAACGUCAGCCGGAACAGCACAGCUCCCUCCUGGGUGCAGCCAGGCCAGGACAGCGAAAGCAAGCCCCACAAGGGACCUCCCUUGCCUCCCACUCGCAGUGACAGCUACGCAGCCAUCAGGCAUCACGAGAGACCCAGCUCAUAUUCUGGCCUUGAUCUGAACAAGCCUAGCCGAAGCCAACUGAAAGGGCCCUGGUCUCCUCUUGUCAGCCCCCCCUCCCAGGGACCUCUACUGAAGACCCACUUUGGGGAAGGGCAGCUGCACACAGUGGUGGAGAAGAGCCCGGAGAGUAGUCCCACAGUGAAGCCCAAGCAGAGCUAUUCCCACCCAGGGCAGCCCCUGCUGCCUACCGGCGUUUACCCAGUACCUUCUCCAGAGCCACACUAUGCCCAGGUGCCCCAGCCUUCUGCAAGCAAUAAUGGAACUCUUUUUCCAGCUCUGGCCAAAGAAAGUGGCUACUCUUCAUCUUUUCCAGUCUCGUAUGACAAAGGUGCAGCCAGCAGCACCCUGGGCUUUGAUGAGAAUGGAAACCAAAGUACUACAAACAGAUCGGCUGUUUUUUAUGAGCCCCCAGAUGCUGAGAGAAAGCAUGAUGCCACAGCACAGCUUGUCCAGCAAAAACUUCAUAACACAGAAGUCUACUUAAGCAUGUCAAGGAAGGAGGAGUUGUUACCCUCUUACAAGGCAGCAUACUGCAACCGAGAUGCUGUGAGUCCUGCACAGGCCUCUAAACACAGCUUUCAAGCCCUGCAGAUCCAGCCAAGAGAUGCCGGUGAGAGAAAAAGCCCCUACCAGUCCAGAGAGAACCGGGAGGCUGAAUGCCAGGCUGACAAAAAUGGCAACAUACAGAUAAAUGAGAGAGAUGCUGCCACGCACCUCCAGUGGGGUCACAACAAAUCCAGGCAGUAUAGCUUCUCUUCUUUGCAGAACAUCCCUGAGAGCUCCAGGAGGCAAAGUAACUCUGAGCCAUGUGAAAAUUAUUCCAGUGCCAAGCUGUCCUACUUGAACAACAGCACCAAAGAGGAGAGGGAUCACAGAGGACAACGCAGUGAUGCAGACCCGCAGACCCUUACGAGGCAGGACGAGGGCAAGAGCAUGGCCCCAUUCCAUGCUGUAGAGCCAAAAUAUGAGGAGAUUCCUUUGCAGCACCCAAAGACCUCUGAUCUUGGGAGGAGCCGGCUCAGCUCUAGCAGCACCCAAGGUGUUCUUCAUGGCAAACCAGAUCUCAGCAAGUCCCGCUGCUCUGUGCUAGAGAAGGUCAGCAAGUUUGAGCAGCGAGAGCAAAGCACUCACCGGCCCCAGAGUGCUGGUGUUCCCAGCUUUGGCCAGCAUUAUGGGCUCAGCAGGGUGAGCCAGGCCUCCAAGAGCUCUCCAAGCAGCCCAGAGGAUAUGCGGAGCAAACUUGGCACCCAGCUGCCCAGUGAGAUGAGCAGGGUCUCCAGCCCCUCUGUAAGGAACGGGAAGUUGGAAGAGGCUGAUUGGCGCUGUGUGGAGCUGCAGAUGGCAGCUUCAGUGAAGCAGGCAAGAUGCAAUGAGUACUAUCACACAUGUCCUGAAAAUGAAGUGCAAAUAAGGGUGGCCCAGCUGCCAAGGAGCAAAAGCACAUUCCAGCUGGGAGGGGAGCCUGAGAAAGAAGUCCUCUGGAAGGACAAUAUCCAGGAUGCCCACGGGUCACAGCUGGACACACCGUUCAACAGGGCCUACAGGAACAGCAUUAAAGACGCACAGUCCCGAGUGCUGAGGGCCACCUCCUUCCGGCGCAUCAGCCCCCCAUUUGCGAAUAUGCCCAAGAGGGCGAUCCAGAGGCCUGCCUCAGCUCAUGUGGGCAUGAGAAGCAUGGCGGUGUCUCCCCACACCCCAAAGGAGAGACACAGCGUCACGCCAACGGAAGGCAGCCUCUCUGCCCUGGACUACUCCAGGACACCUCACAUCUUGCGCAUCGGGGGCCGGAAGCGGCUGACAGCAGAACAGAAGAAGCGGUCUUACUCGGAGCCAGAGAAGAUGAACGAGGUGGGCAUCUCUGAUGGGGAGCCAUCACCUUUCUCCUUCCAGAAGAAGGGCCUCCAUUUUGUCUUCCCUGAGAACACGGUGGCUGAUAGGCGUAAGAUCUUUGAAAGGGAUGGCAAAGCUUCUUCCGCUGUCAGCCUCUCUAAGCCAGAGCUCAAGCAACUCCAGCAGAAUGCCCUUGCCGACUACAUUGAGCGCAAAACGGGCAAACGACCAUCCUCACAGGACGGCGGGCUGCUCAGGGAGCGAUCCCACAGCUCCUACCUGCAAGCAGGUGGCCAGGACAGCCAGAGCCUUUCCUCUGCCUCCAGCAUGAAUUCUCUCCAGGAUCAGAACCUCUUCCGCCGGAGGGAGUCCAUUGAGCGGAUAGCCAGGACAGGGCGGGUGUCUUCCACCCUUCCUCCCGGGCUGACGGGCUGCUUUGAUGGGAGUGGGGAUGAGCAGAAGAAAGGACGCUGGGACAGCUCGAUCAUGAGCAGAUCGAAAACAGACAGGUGUCGGGAUUACAGAGCCCAAAUGGAGCUCACCAAAGGCACGCAGACAGACCCUCUGCGCCCGCAGGGCCAGCCUUGCUAUGGGCAGAAGGAGCAGAGCUUUGAAGCACCCAGGAAAUCUGGGAAAUCAGUGUCUGUGGAAGACUUGCUUGAUAGAUGUGACAAUCAGCAAAGGAAUGCAUGUGUCCCUGUGCACACACGUUCCAGAUCAUCGCCCAUAGCAGAUAAAAAACACCAGGAACUGCUGAGAAGAGAAAGCAGUGAGUUUGGUGCCAUGGGGAGAGAUCCUUUCUAUGUGAUCAGUGCAGGAGCCAGGUCUUUCAGCAAGAAAGAAAGAAGCCACUCAGAAAAAAUGACAUUUACAAGUUAUUAUCCCCAUGCACACCACAUCAGUGAGAUUGGCACUGGGUCUUCCGCACUGACCGAGAACCAUAAGGUCUCAGAGCUUUCCAGACAAGAUGGCAGGAGUUCUGCAUUUGUUCCAUCUCCAACAGAGGCAAGGAGUCACUAUCCUGAGCAAAAGCAAGGCUUUAAAUCCACGUUCCUCAUUCCUUCUGCAUCUAGCCAGUCCUCCCCUAGUACACCUGCUUCCGACUUGCAGGCCACAGGUGAUGGCCAGGCUCUGAGACAGCACCAUGCCGAACAAGAUGCUUUUCCUUUUGGGGGCAGCAGUACUGCUCAGGCACCGUCUUCGGAUGCUGUUCAGGAUAGGUCCGUCGAGGCUCCUGAAGAGGAGAUUGUAUGCAGAAGGAAAGCAGGGCUGCUGCAAAGAUCCCUCCCACACAGAGUGAUGUGGGCUCACUCAGUCAAAGACAACAGCUUGCCACAUGCUGUGGUGCCUCCUCCAGCAGAUGGGCCAAAGUUCUCCCACAGGUGGCAGUCCCUCCCAACACAGAGCAGCACUUCCUCUGACCCAGAGACUCCUUCUCCCCAGGCGACAACUCACCUCCGGAUCUCAGAGUCGUGCCUGCAGCUCACGCCUCCACCGCUGCUGCAGGAUGAUGAAGACGAUGAGGUGUUCAUCAUGCCUUCCCAGCCUGCUGUCACUGCUCCGGCCUUCUCACCCCCACUGCCACCCCAUUCUCUUCCUGAGUUGAGCUCUUGCACUUCUGCGAAUGGCACGGAGGAAUUCCCACCUCCUUCCCCACCAACUGCACUUGAGGAAUACGGGGCAGCUGGAGACACGUCCACCAGGCUCACAGAGGACAAAGUGAGCAGCUUCAAAAGCUUUUCCAAAGCCCUGGCCAAGAGGGAGAUAACAGGGUUGGGCACCAAUGUCAGUGAAAAUAAUUGGUCCUUCUCACCAUCUUUAUCAAAGAGGACUAAUUCUUCACCUGCUGUGGAUAAGCAGCACCAAUCAGCUACUUCUGAAGGGUCUCAAAGCUCUAAUGGAGAACCCACAACUCAACCUGAGGGCAACCACAGAGAACCAGCAGUUAUCACCACAGAGUCAGAAAAUAGUGGUGCAGACUCUGGGACACUCAACACAUGUCCUCCAAUGAAGACAAAGAAAAAAAGCCCAGAGGAUAUUAAGUCAGAGGCUUUAGCAAAAGAGAUUGUCCAUAAAGACAAGUCUCUGGCUGAUAUCCUGGAUCCUGACUCCAAAAUGAAGACAACCAUGGACUUAAUGGAGGGGCUUUUCCCCAGUGGAACCAGCUUGCUGAAGGAGAACAACAUGAAAAGGAAGAUGACACAGAAGAAAGCUAGCAGGACAGUAGCAGAAGAUAACACGAAAGAAGAAAAGGAAGCUCCUGUAACCAUGGUCACCUGCCCUGCUUAUUAUAAUGUUUCAGCACCCAAAGCAGAACUACUGAAUAAAAUCAAAGAUUUGCCAGAAGUAGGGGAGGAGGAGGAGGACUUGUUGGACAUCAACGAGAAGAAGGCUGAGCUCAUCGGGAGCUUGACCCACAAACUGGAAAUCCUGAAGGAAGCAAAGGAAGGCUUACUUGCAGACAUCAAAAUGAAUAAUGCUCUCGGAGAGGAGGUGGAGCUGUUGAUCAGCGAGCUAUGCAAACCAAACGAGUUUGACAAAUACAAGAUGUUCAUCGGCGAUUUGGAUAAGGUGGUGAACCUCUUGCUUUCUCUCUCAGGACGCCUGGCCCGGGUAGAGAAUGUUCUCAGUAGCCUAGGGGAAAAUGCCAACAGUGAAGAGCGGAGCUCUCUGAAUGAGAAGAGGAAACUGCUGGCUGGCCAGCAUGAAGAUGCCCGGGAAUUGAAGGAAAACCUCGACCGUCGAGAACGGGUGGUUUUGGAGAUCCUGGGCAACUACCUCUCUGAGGAACAGCUCCAGGACUACCAGCACUUUGUAAAGAUGAAGUCUGCACUCCUCAUAGAGCAACGAGAGCUAGAUGAUAAAAUCAAACUGGGUCAGGAGCAGCUCAAGUGCCUGAUGGAAAGCCUCCCCACAGACUUCACGCCCAGGGAUGCAACAGCAGCAGCUGCCCUAGCUGCAGCACUUGCUACCUCUGCUGGAGUCAAUGGUAAAACACUUCCAGCAGUCUCAUCCUCACUUUAACCUUUCCCAUGUGGACCUGGGGCAAAGUCUUCCUGCUUGAGUCUAUUUAAUCCAAGUACUGUGCAGAUGGCUCUCUACAGUGACAGUGAACAGAGACAGGUUUAAAACCAGAUUUUGGUGAAGGAAACAAAUAGCAAUAAUAAGGGUUUUAUUUUUCUUUCCUUCCACCACUGCUUCCUGGAAACUUAAAUCACUCUGGGGGGAACGAAACUCAGUUGUGUCUCCUCCUAACAGAGAUGAGGAAGACUCUCAAGAGAAUUAAACAUGUUACUUUUAAUAAAAGAAAAUCACGUCCUCUCUUUCCUGCUUUUCCUGCCUACCUGGCAUCUCAUUAAAUAAUGAAGGAUCUAAAAGAAUGAAGCCUUAAAAAUAAAACCAACCCAUUCUACUGAACGUUAUUGAUAUUUAUAUUUUUUAAAGAACAAGGUGAUGUGUAAGUUUUUGUACAUACUCUAAUCAGUUACUUGAUUCUACUUUGUUCUGUAUGUAGAAAAGACAUUUGUAUUUUGUGAAAACUUUAACAAAAAGAGGGAACCCCAAAGAUAGUGAUGCAUUAGCCUGGAA